CUUCUAACAAAACCAUGUGCUUCUCGCCGCUUGAUUCGCUAAAAACCGACGACCGCCCGUAGACACUUCCGGGGUCUUGUUCCAGUCUUCCCGUUCAACCAGCACCUUCUUAAACCCCCCCUCCAAUUGUUUCUAAAUACGGAGAAUUGCAUCGAGAGAAAAGAAACCCCAAUUAGCUGUCGUUUUCGCACCACAAUCACUACAAUUUCCGUUUGUAUUUCGCCCGAAAAGAUUAAAGAUGUGCAGAGGCUUUCAUCCCAACGGGGGAGAUUGCAUAAACCUGCGAGCUUUUUACAUCCACAUAUCCUUGCUCUCCCCACUGAGAAAAUCCUUGCCCGAAAUCUUGACGCUCAAUUACCCCCCGCGCAUAGACGAGAGCCCGUUGGAGAUCAGCGGCUCCGGUGUCCGAUCCAAUGCGCCCGGAUUCGUAUCGCUCCACCGGGUUGUCUCCGCCGGCACGGCAGUGUAUGGGAGCAGGGAGAGAGUGAAAGCCGGCGAGGGGGCGAGGUUCGAACUUUACGCAGGGGAUUGCAAAUUGAUGAAGGGGAUUUUCCGGAAAGACUGGGGAGACGAUUCUUGGAAACUGGAGUGCAAAUUCGUGGGGUCUGAGGAGGAGAACAGUUGCCUGGGAAUCAAAGGGGCGGAGGUGCGCGUGUGGCUGGAGGGAGACCCGGCGGAGCCGAUCACGGAGAGGGUGGAGAUGGCGCAUACGCGUCGUAGGAAGGGUUGCGAGAGGCUGGAGGAGAUUCCGGAGGGAAGGGAAACUGAAACUGAGGCUGAGGGGUGUUGCCGGUGCUGCUGUGGUGAGGGAGAGGCGGCGGUUGGCGGAAGAGAAGACUGUCGGGUGCCGGCGGUGGAGGGAGUGGGGUGGGCGGUGGACGCCGGAAUAUGGAUUCUUUGUUUUGGCGUGGGGUAUUUGGUUAGUAGAGCUUCGCGGAAGAAGAGAAAAAGAGAAGGCCAUGUCAAUAACCUUAUAUUGCCAUACAAACCGGAGUCCGAGGAUGUCAUAGCACUCUCUAAUGUGAGGCCAGAGCGCAUUGAAGACCUGAAUAGACCAAAGAUGUCGUAUCUCAUUGCUGUUGUGAAACCCAAGGAAGAAGAAGACGAAUCAGAUUGGUUUACCAUCUUGGCAGCAAAGCCCCUUGACUUCCUCCAAACCUUUGAGGAGGACCGGAGAAGGGGAAACAAGCUUUUUAUUGUCUAUCUCACUAAUUUGACAACACAUACUCGCAUUUGGAGCUCUUUGAAUGUGAACCCAAAAAAUGCAAGUUUAAAGAUUGUCAAAACAGUACUUCAAAGUGGUCCAAACAACCUAAAGAGCCGUUUCCGGAAGGGAGACCAAAUCUGCACCGCCCAGGAAUUUCCACCGCCGCCGUCGAGUUCGCAGCUGGGUCUUGAACUGCAGCGAGGAAGUCCACCGCCGCCUCCUGUUCAUGCCGCCGUCGAGAAGCCAUCAAGUGUUGCACUGCGAUCAUCCACUCGCCUAGCCGCCACUGCUAAGUUCUUCAUCGCCUUUUGUCUGGGUAGUGGCGGCCUAAUCCAUCUAGGUCUGCAGCCCCUUUCGGACUAAAGUAUAAACUUGGUAUUCGUAGACAUUCAAAAUAUUUCAAACAUUUAAAACUUUAUUUCAUAAUAAAUAAUUCAAAAUAGUAACGGAGUUAUUUAAUGUUGCAGAAACUGAAUAAAACUCAAUACAAACAUAAUAAUUUUUAUGUCUUUUA